UGCUCUGGCCAAGCCACGUAGAGCCCCUACGCACUCACGCUUGUGAUGGCUGAAUCACGGAGAGUCCAGCUUACCACCUUAUCUCACGAUGCGCCCGUACCCGCAGCUACUGGCCAGCCACCCCUGGCUGCCAUGGAGGGGAAGGGAAGCCGCCCAGACCUGCCCGCCGACACCGAGGCCACAGUGCGCUACAUCCUCACCUUAGUUGAAUCGGAUGAAAACACCUUUCCGGAGUUCAGCUAUGCCCACCUCGUUGACUGCCAGAGCAGGCAUGCGGUGGCAAAAGAUGGAAGCCCACCAACCACAUUCGAAGGGGAAGAAAAUGGAGAUAAAAAUGAAGUGGCAGCCAUUGUCAGAAAAUUGGAAGAAAAAUAUGGUGGCAAUACAAAGAAAAUGAAGGACCGCAUUCAGGACUUGGUCGAUAUUGGAUAUGGCUAUGACGACGAGGAUUCUUUCAUUGACAACUCCGAGGCGUAUGAUGAGUUUGUGCCAGCCUCCAUCACAACCAAAUAUGGAGGAUUCUAUGUCAAUUCAGGCCUACUUCAGUUCCGCCAGGCCUCUGACACUGAGAGUGAAGACUGCACAACAGAAAGAAAAACACUUGACCCUUCUAAAAAACGUAAACUAAAUGGAGGGCAUGAUCAGCCAAAAAAGAAGCAGUGCAAAGAAGUCGGGACAAUGAAAACCACUGUGGAUUCAAAGACCGGCCUUUCGACUGAAGUCAUAGUGGACGAAAAGAAGAAAAAGAAGAAAAAAGCUGCUGGUGUCUUGAGUGUUACCAACAUGUUGAAAAAGUUUCAAAGAGAGAAGGAGAGGGAAAGACAGAGAGAGAAAGAGAUGGCAGCACCCAUCAUCGGCACUCCUACUCUUCCUCUGUGCCCAGCAGAUGCGGCUGGGGGUGGGGGCUCGGGGUUGGCUGAUCCUCUCCUCAGUUUAAUUGGGUCAACCAAUGACCAUGCACUUAUCCAAGCAGCAAGUGCAGUGGAUUUUGAUAUUGAUUUGGACUCUUUAUUAGAUGUUACUGAAGAGAGCUCCCAGUUUAAGUCAUUACUCCAACCUGCUGAGGAGACACAGCCGAUGUUACUUUCCCAGUCCAAGGCUGAUGUCCAGACCCAGGCGCAAUGCCAACCUCCCAAGUCCACGAUGAAGACGAGUGCCCAGUCUAAGCCUCAGCCAGAGCCAACCCAGGUCCUGUCAGAGACUAAGACUACCUCUCAUUGUGUUCCCUUGCUAGAUGGGCUUCCCUUAGCAUUGGAAAGGAGAAUUGAAGAGCUCACAUUGGCUGCCAAGACCUCAGAAGGGGAGUCAAAACUCAAGUUCUUCACUCCAGAAAUCAACUUAAUUCUACUGGAUAUUGAGCUGCAGUGUCAGGAGCAGGGUGGCCAGGUGCGCUCCAAGGUAUACACACAUCUGUCCUCUUUCCUGCCCUGCAGCCGAGAGACGCUCCUCAAACGUGUAAAGAAACUGUUGCUCUCACAUGAGGAUCCCAUGCAGAAACUUAAGGAGGCUAUUGACAGAGCUAUGCCUCAGCAGAUUGCCAGUUUCCAUGAGAGCUGCCAGGCACAUGCACGAGUCAAGUCUUCAAAGGCAACAGAUGAUGGGAAGGAGGGCAAACAGAAAGGCAAUGUUGGCUCAGAGGACAAUGUGGAGGAGAGAAUUCGGAAAAGGGGCCCUCAGAAGUUGUUCAAAUGGAACGAGGAGAUCAGGGAGUAUUUCUUCCAUGUUGUAAAGGCAAAGAUGCACAAAUAUAAAAUGGACAGAAAAGGGAGCCAAGAGAUGGAAGUGUACCUUAAGACCUUCCUGGACAAUGAGGUCAAAGCUCUCUGGCCAAAAGGAUGGAUGCAACCUAGGGUGCUGUUAAGGGAAAGCAGGAAAAUAUUAGGCCCCGGCACUACAUUACCACGACAGAAGCCCAAGACUGAGAAAAGGCAAUCAUUUUUCAGUGGCGCCGCCAUUGUCUCUAGCAGUUCAGGUGAAUCAGCUGAUUCCAGUAGUCUCCAGGGGACUCCACCGCUGAAAGUGGACAGCACUCUUGAUGAAGGCCUCAUCCCCAGGUCUCCACCUCUCAGUGUGGUGGAGGAAGGGCUUGAUGCCUUGAAAAUGGUGGUGGACAAUAAAUGGGAAGGAGGAGCAGCAGUGGAUGUCGGCUCCCUCACACCUGUGGAGACAGACAAGCAAUCUCUGUGCAACACCACCUCUGCACCUGCUGCUCCCGGCCUCUCAUCCCUGGAUCUUCUCGCUGAACAAGCACUAGCAAGAGAACAAAGUGUCACAGACUCGAUUUCCCAUGAAGUCCUUGCAGCAGCCGUUGCCUCUGCAAAAUACAAACCCGCAGUUCAGCAUUGGAGUCUGGGUGUAAGUCCCCCUCUUCCUCCUCCACCUCCUCAGUCCAGCCCAGCGAGUUCCCCAGGGAACAGAGAGUACCAUCUUCUUGUGCCUGCUGUGCAGCAGGUCACAGACUUCAGUGGCCAUGGCCACAAUGCCCGCUGUAUCUGAUGGCAGCAUUACCACACUGUGACAGCCUCACCGUUAACUUGCAUACAAGCAAUAUUCUCGGAGGCCUGGCCUGAAGAAAACCGGCAUGAGAGAUUCUGACACAGAUGAAGAAAAUUUUGCUGUAUCAUCAUUGCAUCAUCAAAACUCCUGCGGUCACAGUCACCUAUGGUAACAAAAUGUUGCUAACCUAUUGAUUAUGGCUGCUACUCUUCCUCUCUUGUGUGGGCAAGGGAAAAGUUGAAAUGCACAUUCUACCCCGAUCUGGCUUUUACACCAUUUAAAAAAAACAUGCUGUCUGCUAAAAGGUUCAUUUUAGUAAUUUUCUUCAGUUCUGUCUGUAGUUUGUGUUAAAGGGGCUUUAGUUGGAAUGGCAAAAGAUUUAUAAAUUGAGAAAUAAAGAUGUUAUAAUGUGUACUGUGUAUACAUACAUACAUGCA